GUCGAGUGGCUCCGUGUCGAGUGGCUCUUUGAGGUGUAACCGAAAUCGGCGGCCAUGCGCCAGAUUGCUGACAAUUCUGUUUAUUAUCCUUCAUCGAAUCGUCAUUUGGUUGGUCGUAUGACGUAUCUCUUAUCUAUCUAUAAUUUUUUUUUAGUACGUUAAUGUUGUUUUGCAAUAUGCAAGUUUGUUAGUUAAGUUUUAACAUACGAUAUCGGCUAUAAAGAUUACUGUAAGCAAACUCGUUCACGUAGCUACUAGCUAUGAGUAAGAAUAACAAAGUCAAAGAAGUGCCGAAUGAACAAAACCUUAAGACAGAAAAUUGUUAGCAAACGAUUUCCUAUAGUGCACAAGACUCACAUUGCUGUGUCCAUUUUAGCAGCAGCUACAGUAUCGUAUUGGACCGCCAAGGAAAAAUUGCAAACCUGCUCAAAUCUCACAUAAAUAUCACAUGGGUAUAAUGAUCAGAUAUUUUAGACAGAUUUACAAAACAUUUAAUUAUAGAUUUCAACGGUGUUAUUUCACCUACAAUGACGAAGACGUAAACAUUCAAGAGUUUAUUAGCAGAGAAUUGAAAUUAGAAAAAACAGGCCACCAAGUCCUUGUUAUUCAGCCUUACAUUAAAUGGGGUGUCAAAAAAGAUCGAGCAACAACACCAGAGAUUAAACUGGCAGAAAGUGAGUCUCUGAUAAAUACGUUAAGGGAUUGGAAAGUUAGGGACAGUAUGAAAAUAGGUGUUACUGCUUAUCGUAGACAAACAUUUCUUGGUCCAGGCAGUAUUGAUAAUAUUGCGAUGAAAAUCAAACAAGACCAAAGGAUAACGGCGGUUUUUAUUAGUACUAAUGUACUAAAACCGAUACAACAUCAACAGUUAGAACAUUUUUUUAAAGUCCCAGUUUACGAUAGAUAUUUAAUUGUUAUUCAAAUCUUUCGAGAACACGCUUUCACUAAAGAAGCCAAGCUACAAGUCGCUUUAGCCGAAGUGCCAUAUAUGUGGUCUAGAAUACGGGGUCUUCAAGAAAACUACGCUGAUAGAUUAGGUACGGAGGCCGGACAAAUAGCCUUGAGCAGUAAUAUGGUAAUCGAUGACAAAAAAGAUUUACUUAAAGAAUAUGAAAAAAAACUUAAAAAGUCAGUGAAUAAGUUAAGAAGUCACAGAGAACAUUUAAGAAAUAGUAGGAAAAAUAAAAACCUACCUAUAGUUGCAGUAGUAGGAUAUACAAAUACUGGUAAAACAUCUUUGGUGAAGGCUCUGUCGGGUGAUUCCGAUAUGUCACCCAAGGAUUGCCUGUUUGCCACACUCGAUGUCACUGUACACGGCGGAUUAUUACCUUCAAAUUUAAAGGCUCUAUAUAUUGACACCAUAGGAUUUAUAUCAGAUAUUCCUACUGGGCUAAUGGAACCAUUUGUAGCUACUUUAGAAGAUGCCAUGUUUGCUGAUGUCAUUGUACAUGUAAGAGAUGUUUCUCAUCCAAAUGUUGAUGUUCAAAAAGAACAUGUUGAAAAUACACUAAAAAAUUUAAAUAUUAACAUGGAUUUAUUAAAUAGUAUCAUUAGUGUUGCCAAUAAAAUUGAUUGUGUAGAAAAUUUGCAAAAAGACGAAGAUUCUAUUUAUGUGUCUUGUACGAAAGAAAUUGGUCUUGAAGAGCUCAAAGCCGAAAUAGAAAAAAAAAUUAUACAAGUCACAGGAAGACAAAUUUUAAAAAUUCGGGUACGUACUGGCCAAAAAGAAUACGAAUGGUUAAGAUCAAAUACGGCUGUUUUAGAAAUAGAAAACGAUGGUGAUUUUUCUAUUGUAAAAGUGAUAGCUACCAAAUCUGAUAUAGAUGUAUUUAAACAUCUAUUUAUUUAUAAAACUAAAAGUAAAUCUUUAUAAAUAUUUUCUAAUUUAGUUACUUGUGUUCUAAUAAGUUAUUUGCAUUAUAACAAAUAUAAAUUACAAUUAUAAUUUCUAAAUAAGUUUUUAUUUAUUUACAAAAAUUAAAACAAUACAAAGUAAAAAAAAACAGUUUAAUAACUGUUAAAAUGUCAGUCUUGAUUUAGUAUAUUAGUUCAUUACUAGUGAAAUUGUGAGAUCAAAUAAAUUGUAUACAAACAUUUUCACAACAUAGAUCAUUGUAUGUUCUUAUAGAAGUCAACUGUUGUAUCACAUUGGAACAAUCCUGAAACAAAAUCACUUAAAAUUAUAAUCCUUACAAAAAGUUGUAAUAGUAUAAAAUGUUUCAAAUUUAAUUAGAAGAGAGCUUUUUAUUUAGAACAAAUAACAAAAAAAGACAGUAUUUCAUUGAAAACAAAUUAAUUUUUUACAAUUUAAAUGUGUACCUGAUUUUAUUUUUUUUAUUCUUUCAAAUGUGUGCCCUCCACAAAAUCAUUACAGAUGCGAAAGAUAACGCACAUUUUUUUUUUUUAAUGGUUUGUUCAUGAAAUACAUUUUUGAGUAAACAAUGUUAUAGUUUUUUAACAACUUACCACAAAUAAGUUAUUUAACGUUUGUAACUAAAAUAAAUAGUAUUUAUCACUUUCAAAUAUUGAAUUUUACAUUAAACCUCACUAUUUGGUUUUUAGUUAAAUUAAAUAUUAGUCUUGAAUAAGUUCCAAAACUAAAAUCGAUGAUCUCGACACAAUAUUUAAAACACAUUUAAAUACUCUUCUCUUCUUAUAUAUUGAUUUUCAAAGCUGGAAAUUAUUUUAGGUAAUUAAUUUCACGAUUAUACGCCUAAAACGAUAAAAUAAUGAUCAGUUUAAAGUCAACACAUUUAGCAUAAUGUUUUAUCUAUGAUUUUUUUAAUGGCAAGGAAAGAAAUUAAAGAGUUAAGGAUUUACACUGGACCUGUAUUAUAAUACUAAUUUGCAUGUAUAUUUUAUACAAAUAAUAAUUUAAGCAAAUCACGUUUAUGUUAAUAUCACUAUAUAUUUCUAUGAAUUAUCGAGUAUUUUGUGUAACUUUAUUACAAAAUUAUCAUUUUACAUCUAUCUAUUCAUAAUUUUAAAAGCCAA